CCUCAAUGUAUCACCAGCCAUGUCGUUCUUCAGCUCGAAUCGCUUCUUGUUAACCGUCCUGGUUGUAGGCUUGGGAACAGCCUGCGUGACGGUCCCCGUUCUUCUCAAAAGAGUCAAAGACGCAGCGAGGGCGCCACCGCCCGAUCCACCACCCCCAGCCAAGCGCCUCCAAAAGGAUUCCGAAAACUCGCUCAAGCUCGAGACGUUGCGCACCCUCGCAGACGGGUAUAGCUAUGAUCUGCGCACCUCCGCCAUCAAGAUCGUCGCCAGCCGCACCGUGAGAACCCGGACCAGGGACCUCUUGUUGCGCGAUCUGGCCAGCGAGGACGACAGCCGGCGCGAGAAUGCCAUUAAUGCUCUACACAUGCUCCUCACCCACUCGGCCCUCAGCGAGACCAUCUGCGGCCACUUCCGAGACCCCAAGGCCGUCAAGGCCAUUGUUCAUGGUCUGAUCAACGUGCUGCCCCAGCAUGAAGUCAAUGUCAAGCAAGCGAGCAACGGCGAGUCGCCCUUCCAGACUAGAGAGAAGAAACCGCCGCUGCCACCAUCGCCUAUCCGCCCUGCUCGCCGCCCCUCGCAAGAAGCGCAGUUGCUCGAGAUCUUCACCAUUGUGGUGCACGGCCUCUCGCGGCGUGACAUUAAGUAUCCGUCCAUCAUGGACGCCGCCUUGGACGCCGGGUUGGUCAGCAAAUGGCUGACGAAUUACCCCUUCCCCUGUGGGGAGCCGGAGAACUACAUGUUCAAUUUCCAUCGAGAAGAUGUGGCGAGGUUGUUUGACCGUAUGGCUUGGCUUUCGGAUGAUCCUGUCAUGGGGGACGUUAUCCUGGCGGUGAUGCAGUAUCCCCGUGCGAGAAGACAGAUGCGUGAAUGGGGCUUGAGCGCAAGCAGUUACAAAGAGAAUAUGUUUACAGGUCGCAGCGAUCAGGGAUCGUGGAACCAGGGCUGGGGAUAUCCCGGCUGGCAGGACGAGGACGAAGAUGCCGACGAAGACAACGAUGUGAGAAUGGUCAAUGGCGAGUCCACGGCAGGGGUGAUUCUCGGAGACCCUGCCCUUGCUGGAGACAACAUGACCCUUUGGGACGAGCCUGCACGAUCGACGACUACGCGGGCCGCCGCAAGACUCAGGUCGGCUGAGAGAAGUCAGGAAGAAGAGCAUUUGAGACGGCGGCAUCGGGAAGCCAUCGUCGUUGCUGAGCGAGGUACGCCGCUGAGCAGGGAAAACAUCUUGCAGAGGGCUAAUAGCGAGAUUCUGCAACCCAUGAACGGGGUCAGCGAGGUCGAAGGGGAGUUGAACGGUCUGCUGAACCUGUCCGAGUCCUCCGCGGAAGCCCAGCACGAGGAAGAGGCUUCCGAUCACCCUUCGUGUACCGACACGGCCGACGACGUCCCAGACUCGGAUUCUGCCUCCGAGGGUCAGGCGUCAAAGGACGAGACGCCGGUGGAACAAGAAGAACAGGAGGACGAGGAGGAAACGAGUCGCGCUCACAAGAGGCACCGUGAGAUCGAACAAUUAAUCGAGGAAGACCCGGAGAUACAGGGCACGAACGAGGUGAGAUCUCAGUCCACUGCUUCGAGCGAGGAACUCGUGGUCGCGAUCCCACCCGCUGCCAGCUCUACGAUGGAGGAUGAUGCGAAAGAGCAGGAAGACUCGUCAUCACUGACUGAAGAAUGAGGGGUCGGCAAAGACCAGAUUGUACCACUAUUGACACAGUAAUGUAUCUGCUUGAUAUUCACAUAGCGAGGCGUUAAAAGAGGGCAUUCUUGCUGGGCAAAAUGAUGACACAGUUGCGAGGGUGCAC